AAACGAUUAUUAAACGCAAUUGUGCCAGCACAGAGGCGAGUUGUGUGUUAACCAGCGGCGAGCGACGAACCUGAACAAACAACCUAGACAACAAAAUGGCCAAGUUGCUCCUUGUGAUUGUCGGUGUGGCGGCCUUCGUGGCAGUGGGACAAGCGGCGGCCGGUGGCUCCACGGAGCAGCUGCAGCGACUCAUCGCCGAGGAGCGGACCAAGUGCGCCAGCGGCCAAGACUCGAUGGCCUGCAUCAAAGAGCGGGCCAUGCGAUUCGUGGACAAUGUGAUGAGCAAAGACAGCUUCCAGGUUUCCAACCUGGAAGUGCGCUCCAAUGGCCAGAAGUCUACGCCGAUCAGCGAAGCUCGUGCCAGCAGUGCCGAUGGAUUCGUUGAUGCCAUUGAGAACUACAUCCGGGGACACGAUGUCAGCAUGGACUUGCCCUUGGCCGAUGCCAAGGUCACCGUUUCGGCCCGCAACCUGGCCAGCAAUCAGCUGAGCCUGAACCUCCAGCUGAAUGGCGACGAUGGCGACGAUGGCGAUGAGGGCACCGAUGUCGAAGCCAGGGGUAAGAAGGGCAACAUCUUCAAGAAGGGCAAGAAGCAUCGUCUCCGCAAGCUGGCCAUGCCCAUCCUGGUGCUCAUCCUGCUGAAGGCCAUCACAGUGAUCCCCAUGGCCAUUGGCAUUCUGAAGAUCAAGGCCUUCAAUGCCCUGGCUCUGGGCUUCUUCUCCUUCAUUGUCUCGGUUGGUUUGGCCAUUUUCCAAUUGUGCAAAAAGAUUGCGCAUGAUCAUCAUCACACCGCGCACAUCACCGCCCAUGGUCCGUGGGAUGGUCGCACCUUUGGCUCUGUUCCUGCCUCCGUUGUGGAGCAGCCCCAGAAGUUGGCCCAAACCCUGGCCUAUCAGGCCUACGCCUAAACCACACAGAUAAAUCCCGGAAUAAACCAAUCGGAGCAGAGCAGUUUGAAGCCAGCAAGUGGUCGCAAAAGCACACAAUGAUUUGUUAAUUGUUAGAAACGUUCUGUGACUUUGGGCCAUUAUCCAUAUUCCCUGCGCUGCUCGUUUAAUUAGACUUAAUUUAUAAUAUUUAUUAACUAUUUAUUGAAAACAAGAGAUUAAGAGAACAGAGAAGCAAAGCACCAAAAUAAAGUAGCAAAACAAAAGCCUUGAACAUGCUAAA